GACUGCCUGUACGGGGCAGACACCCACACUAUUGAAUGAACAGGAGGGUUGAUGACUUUGCACCGAUCAGUCAGUGGUCGAAUCAAUCCAUAACACUCCUUCAGUGACACCGCGUUGCCAUGUGGUUUUAGAACUCAACAAACAUGUUAACCUUUAAAAACCCGAGUAGCUGCACAUAUCCAGGAGACAGUGGGGUUUUUUUUGCAUGAAAGAAAAAAUGUUUCGAGCGCCUUUUUUUGUGCAGAAAUGCAUAAAGUCUUAAAACUAGUAUAACAUUAGUUACUGCUUUGACCAAUCAGUCGUAGAGCCUCGAGCAGGCAGACGGUAUAAAGGUGAGGCGGUUGCCGUAGCGACGUCUGCAGCAACCGGAGAGUUGAACGCAAGAGCACCGUGAUAUCUCGUCAGGAAAACGUGUGAUGAACACCAAGUUGCAGCAAAGCAUACGACAGAACGAUUCCCCCUUCAUGGCCUUUGGACAGCACAAUGUCUGAUGUGAAAGUGUGUCCCACUGUGAGUGGAAAUCCCCCUCCGCCGGAGGUCAUAAAUCCCAAGAGCCCUGGACGUGUAACCAAUCAGCUGCUGUACCUAGAGAAAGUGGUGAUCAAAACUUUAUGGAAGCAUAACUUUUCGUGGCCCUUUCGCCAGCCAGUUGAUGCUGUGGCACUGCGUCUCCCAGAUUAUUAUUCAAUUAUUACAAAGCCUAUGGAUCUGAGCACUAUUAAGAAGCGCCUUCAGAACAAAUACUACUGGCAAGCACUUGACUGUAUACAAGACUUCAAUGCCAUGUUCACCAACUGCUAUGUGUACAAUCGGCCUGGAGAUGACAUUGUUUUUAUGGCACAGACCCUGGAGAAGCUUUUUUUGCAGAAAGUGUCCCAAAUGGAAAAGGAAGAGCGUGACGUUUCAGCAAUCACUGUAAAGGAACCGGUGAAAGGGAGGAAGACGAAUGCAGGUGCAAUAAAGCAGAGAUCCCUUGUGUCAGAAGUUGUUCUCCAGCAGACUGUGACAGUCAUUCCACCCGAUGUGCCUCAAUUCAUGCCACCCAUCCAGCUCUCUGCACAAAUUGAUGCAACAAUUAAAAAAGGCUUUAAGAGGAAAGCAGACUCCACAGCCUCCACCACCGCCGUCAUCACCAGUUGUGAGGUAUCCCCCGCUGAGGAUCCUUCAGCACCCUGUUCAUUAUUCUCCAGGAGAGGCAGUGGAAGGCCCAUCAAAGCUCCAAAGAAAGACUUGCCUACCUCUGAGGUCAAGAAGGUCAGACUGUCUGAGCAGCUCAGGUACUGUAAUGAUAUCCUGAGGGAGAUGUUCUCAAAGAGACACUAUGCGUAUGCAUGGCCCUUCUAUACCCCCGUUGAUGCGGUUGCCUUCGGUUUGCACGAUUACCACGACAUCAUCAAGCAGCCUAUGGACCUGGGCUCCAUCAAGAAACAAAUGGAUCAACGAGAAUAUGCGAAUGCAAAAGAAUUUGCCGCUGAUGUCCGACUGAUGUUCUCCAACUGUUACAAAUACAAUCCACCUUCGCAUGAGGUGGUCUACAUGGCAAGAAAACUGCAGGAAGUUUUUGAGGCCCGAUAUCUGAGGGUUCCCCAAGAAGAGGGUUGUCCCAUACCUCAUCAGCGAGCUGACAAGGGAAAAGGAGACCGAGUUGAAAGUGUGCCAACCUCAGCGAGUUCUGAAAGCGAAAGCUCCUCAGAGGCAGAGAGUUCAUCAGAAGAGGUGUCCAUGCAGCUGGCCCAUCUAGAGGAGCAGUUGAAAAUUGUCCGUGAUGAGCUGGAGAGACUUACGCAAGAGCCUAAGAAGAAAGACAAGUUGAAAAAGGAAAAAAGAGCCAAAGAAAAGGACAUCGCUAGACUAAAGCACAAAUCCUCGAAAUACAAAUCGAUUGUAGAAAAAAUGGCCAACCGGAAGAGCUCUGCUGUGCAUGGCAACAGGCACAAUGUUCAUGGAGUACCUUUAACAUGUGAGGAUGAGGUCCCGUCAUUACCAGUGACUUACCAGGAGAAGAAGCAGUUGAAACUGGACAUCGACAAGCUGCCCGGUGACAAGCUGGGCAAGCUGGUGAACAUCAUUCAUGCCAGGGAGUCCUGCCUGCGAGAUUCCACUCUGGAGGAGAUUGAGGUUGACUUUGAAAUGCUCAAGCCCUCCACGCUAAGAGCCCUGCAGAGGUUUGUUGCAGCAUGUCUGAAGAAAUGCAACAAAAACGUUUGCAAAAAAAAGCUGGUGAAGCUCACAGGAGGAGUGCAGACUGGGAAACUAAAGGAUGCUGGGACUUCUCAGGUUGCCAGUAAACAGCAGCACUUGAUUAAGAAAAAAAAGCCACAAGCUAAAGUCGUGGCGGCUCCUGACCUUGGCUGCCCUUCACGCCUCAGUGCAAGCAGCAGCAGCAGCUCGUCGUCAUCCAGCUCUGACAGCAGCAGCACCAGCAGCCAUUCUAGCACUUCUGAUAGCAGUGACUCUGAAUCAGUGCCAAAAACAAAGAAGCCGAAAAGUAAAGACUCUUGCCAGAAAGUUAAGACGAAGUCAAAGGUGACUGGUGCUGCCUGUGGCAAGCAGAUAUCGGAGACAAAAGAUUCGACAAAAGCCCCGGUCAAGACUCGUCAGCCUCCUCCUGCUGUGCAGCCCUCGGUAGAAGAAACCAAAGGUCACCCAACACACCGAAACGCAGACGAGACCUGUGAUGAGCUGCCUCUAUCACCUCCAGAUUUGUCUGCCCUCUUAUCCCCCAUGGCGUCUCCAGGAGUGUUGCUGGACUGGGCUGCCACCAGAUUUGAGCAGGGCCAAGUGCUGUCCCCUCUGAGAGACAGCCCACUGCAGCCCAAAGAAGAGACCGGGUCCAUGAUUAUGCCAGAUUUCAGAUACCCUGAGGAUUUUCCUGACAGUCAGCUGACUAAUGUGCCUUACGCCAACACAGCAAGUAAAUCUGCUGAAGAGGGGAAAACCCAAAUCCCCAAAAAGGACAUUGUUCUGAAAAAUGCAGAGUCUUGGGCAAAACUGGUGAGGCAGUCGGUCACUGCAACUGCAAUCAAGUCCUCCAAGGAGAGCUUCCAGCAGUUCCGUAAGGCUGCCAUAAAAAAGGAAGAACAUGAAAAAGCACUGAAGUCACUGAAGAAUCUGAUGGAAGACAACACGGAGAGGGAGGAGGCUCCUGAAAAGAGCAGUUUGCUGGGCCCAUGUCAACCAGAAACAACUCCACAACCUAUCAAGAAGGAUCCUGAUUCACCGGAGAACAUUUGUACAGAAGCUACCCCAGACGCUCCUAAAGAUGUUGAGCAGCAAGAGCCAAAGUCUCCCACAGAAACAGAACCUCCAACCCCACAGUCGUCGGUGGAAAGAGAGAUCGCCCGCAGAAAGGAGCAAGAGCGUCGCAGGCGAGAGGCUAUACCUGUUAUUGACAUGUCUAGGCAGCGGGACAUCAUGACUACAUUUGAGCUUAACCUGGACUAAAAACAAACUGGGAUUUACUUGAAAAAAUAUAGCACUCUGUGCAAGACCUCUAGGUGUCGUCUCAGUGAAUGAUUUGAGCUGCUGGUUCUUUCUCGGGCACAAAAGACAACUUCACAUCAAUGUUCUUGAGACUAGAAAAAUAAAAUGUUAAUUGUAAAAAAACAAACAUUCUAUAAAAUAUAAAUGGGUGUUGCCCUUAAUUUGCAUUUGAAAUGGAUGAUGUCUGCACUGUUGGGUGUCACAAUUCAAACCUGAAUGUAAUCUUUAGUGCGUGUUUUUCUGUUCUUUUCACAUUCGGACGAGUCCUCCAAUCAGCUGACAGUUGUGUAUGACCAGCUAAUUCAGUACAUUCAUACACUUCAGUUCAAAUGCCACCUUGUCUUGUUUGCUGAAAUGUGCAGUGUUAUUUAGUUCUUCUGUUAAGUUAUCCCGUUUGAUGAACCCUUACCACCUUUUUCAGUUUAUCCUGACUCAACAAUACACUUAUUAUAGACAAAACAACAUACAAAACAUUCUUGCACAAAAGUAAAUAAAAUCUUUGAACAAAGGUUGGUAGGUCCUCGUCAAAGUUCCCAGUGUGGAAUUGAAGUUAAUAAUCGCAGUUCCUUAUUUGCUUGACUACUUGAAAAUGCCAUACAUGUGUUACUGUACUGUACCGUACACGCACUGCACUUUGUUGUUCAUACAGUUCUGGCUGUUCCAAAGUUGCUAUUGGAGAUUAUAAACAUGUUCUGUAUGUUACAGUUUGUAUAUGCUAAAUAAAUAAUAAUUUCUUUCUUC